CGCUCGCGGUUCGCUUUCGGUAUACGUGCUCUAGCAGCUUGAUCGAGUGGACGACGGAAGUUUUUGUUCGCGGUGUGGAAAAACUUUUUCUAGUGGAAAAUUGAGGACACUUUCGCUGCUGGUUUUCAGCCGCAUUUUUUCCGGACUGGACUGUUUUAGAAGCUUUGGUUUUGUGUGUGAAAUUUCUUACGCGAGAGGUUCGUGUGGAGAUACAGAAGGUGUUUCUUUUGCGGAAUUCUUGAGAAGAGUUGAAGGAAGCAGCAGCAGAAAAAAAGUUGCUUUCUUGAGGAACGGGAAAGUGAAGUGCUUUUUGCGGUGGCGGACGCUCUCUUUGUCGCCGUUCGGAAUAAAGUGUGUGUAGAUUCGUUUUCUUUGGUGGAAUUCUAGGGUAGUGGAAAGAUCCCCACCGGAAGAAGCUCCGGAAAGUCGUGCAAGCCUUAGUGGCUUUCGAAUUCCUGGUGACUGGUUCAGUUUUUCUGUUUUUCGUAUUGCUGGAAAAUUGGGUUUUUACCGAGGAAAAAUUCCGCUGAGGACGAAGACGGGAAAGAGUGUGAAGAAGAAGGUGAAAAACGAGACGUCUCUUCUUUGGCCCCGUCCGGAAGAAUAAUAAGUCGUCGGUUUGUGUGACAGCAGCAGAAGAAGAAGAAGAAGCAUAAAAAGAGCCCCCCAAAAAGCUGGUCGGAUUAUCCGUUAGUGUUUUCAGUCCCCCAUAAUCGAUUCUUGUUUCAGUGUUCAGUGUUUUGAUUUUGUAAUUUGGAACAACCCAAAACAGCGAGGAAAAGAGAGAGAGGACCCAGUUGAAUUCCUCUUGGAGAAGACACUUCCGGAGAGUGACUCUUAAGAACCCGGAACGAGAUCCAAAUCCACCAAUGUCAACCGUGUCAGAUCAGCGGAUGAAAGGACAAGGAAAUCACGGUUAUGGUUAUGGCUCGCAGCAGACGACAUCGGGUGCACAGUUCCAAUAUCCUCCGUUCAGCGGUGUAGGCGAAACGACUACGGCCUGGUCGAAUGGGACUGAAAGUAUCGCUAUAAUAGGUGGAAAUGAUUACAAUAACUCAUGGGGAACGCAACAAGUGAACCACGGUCACGCUGGUGCUGGUGCCGGAGGACAAUCUCAAAGAAAGCCGUACGAUGAUUAUUACCACCGGAAUCAGGGAGCCUAUCACGAUGGAAUUAAGAAUGUUGAGCAAGGAAUGCAGGGACUGGGGCUCGGUUCGAUGCGCCACAACAGAGACGGCAACCAUCACUCCUCGCACGGCAACAGUUCACUAUCCAAGUCAGACCAACAUCACCAGCAGCAGAAGGAAGCUCCCAAAAAGAUGACCUGGGCGUCGAUUGCAUCCCAACCGGCUAAACCGCAAGUGAACACCACGAGUACAACGGUGAAGAAGAAGGGCCCCGGCAUGCCCCCACCACCGAUGGUUCCCGGCAAGCACAAUAUGGACAUCGGCACCUGGGACUCGCCGUCCAAGAACGGACCGAAUGCGAUGGUACCAACACCGACUCCGCCGCCAAUUGUACCCCCACCGGUGAUCGAACCAUCGCCGCUCGCCGAACCACCAGCCGGUGGCAAGGGUGGCCCCAACAAUGCCCCUACAAUGGGCGGAGGUGGCCACGAGGGCGGCAGCGGAAGACACCAUCCGCAUCAUCAGCAACAGUAUCAACAACAGCAGAACAUGGGACCACCACCUGGAGUGCAGAACUCGCGUUGGCCAACACCUGGUCAAGCUCAGAAUCCACUUCCUCAGCAGCCGCCGCAGCAGCAGCAACCACAGUCACAACAUCCACAGCAUCAACAGAACCAAUCUGGCGGAGGAAUGAUGUCUCAGCAGCACCAUGCCCAGCGACCAGAUCAUCGCCAGUAUCAUCAGGAUAGACCGCAGCAUAACAAUCGCGGCAACUACUCUGGACCGCCACCCUCCAUGAACCAACAGGGCGGUUACCAUCAGCCACCUCCAUACCAUCAACAGCCACCAGCAAUGCAGCAUCACCAUUCGCGGCAGAAUCAAAACCAUCAUGAACCACCACCGGCUCAUCAUCAACAGCAGCACCCACAGUCAAAUGAACGUGGAAGCUAUCAGCAACCACCUCCACAACAUCGCAUGCCACAAGAAGACAACAGAAGGGGACCAAGCAACGGCCCCAACAACUAUAAUCAAGAUAACCAGGUAUCUCAACCACAACCAACAGUGGCACCACCCCAACAACAACCACAACCGCCACAGCAGCAACAACAACAGCAACCACCACAACCACAGCCACCGGUACAGCCUCAACCAGCUGUACAACCACAGCAGCCGCCAAUGCAACAGCCGCCAGUACAUCCACCACUUUCUCCAACGCCUAGUAGUGGCGAAACUGCCGCUGCCAAUCCACCGGCGGCGAUCCUCAACCAGCUGCAGAACAAGAACAACUACAACCCGACCAAUCUGGACAUGCUCGAAACGGCGCACUUAGCUAGAUUCUUCGUUAUCAAAUCGUACUCGGAGGAUGACAUCCACCGAAGCAUCAAGUAUGAGAUCUGGUGCUCAACCGAACACGGCAACCAGCGGUUGGAUCAGGCGUACCGUGAGCGCGAGGAGAAGGGCGGUAUGGUGUAUCUGUUCUUUUCGGUGAACGGAUCGGGCCACUUCUGCGGCAUCGCGCAGAUGAUGACGGCCGUCGAUUACAACUCCGUAUCGACUGUGUGGUCCCAGGACAAGUGGAAGGGUACCUUCAAGGUGCGCUGGAUCUACGUCAAGGAUGUCCCGAAUGCACAGCUUCGGCAGGUCCGACUGGAGAAUAACGAAAACAAGCCCAUCACAAACUCGCGCGAUACCCAGGAGGUGCCCAAUGCGAAGGGAAUCCAAGCGUUGAAGAUCAUCCACAGCUUCAAGCACACGAUGUCGAUAUUCGACGACUUCAUCCACUACGAGCAGCGCCAGCUGGAGGAAAACACCAAGAAGCACGACGUUGGUCACCAGCAGCCGUCUUAUCGGCCACAACAGUACGGCGGCGGAUACGAUGGUCCCAGCAAAUAUCACAACAGCUACAACAAGUAUAACGAUCGCGAUGGUGGCAGUGAUGGAUACAGUCGGGGCGGCUAUGGUAGAGAUUACCAAGGUGGCUACAACAAAAGCUAUGGUGGCUACAACCGUAACCAGUACAAUCAGGAUGGAGGACGAGGUGGCUAUCAAAGUUACGAUAGGCGAAACAAUAACACUAGCGGAAAUGGUAGCAACAGUGGCGAUGACCGCGACGGUGGAAGCAACUACUCUCGCGAUGGUCAAGAUGGCGGUGGAUACCAGCGCAGCUACGGUCGUCCGAAUCGUGAUUAUUACGGUCGGGGUGACGAUAAUCGUGGCGGCUAUCGCGACAGAGAUGGCGGAUUCAGGUCACGCGACGGAAUGGAUCGCGGUGGCAGUCGAAUGGAUGCUGAUGGUGGCUCCCGGGAUGGAGUGGACAACAACGGCGGAGGUGGCGGUGGUGGCUAUCGAGGGGACUCGAGAGACCACUACCGGGUGGGUAACUAAGGUGUCACGAAAGGAAUCACAAUGAACAACAGCUGCAGCAAGCUGGUCAAGGAUUCCAAAGUGGCGCUCUCGGAUUGCAACAACAGCAGUAGAUCCCAGAAUCUAUCACAGCGGAGAGGUGCUUCUAAUCGCUCAAGUCAACAGGCGAAAUUGAAAAUGAUAAUGCUGCGAAUGACACACACUGAUACACUAAACCCACACACAUACAUUUUAACAACUUGAUUGAUUUAUACUAUGUAAUAGAUAGCGACAGACACGAACAUAAAACAGAGGCACGUAUUGUGGAAAAAUAAAGUAAGCUAAAUACAACACAUAAAUAAUUAGGAUGAAAAGUGCGAGAAAAGCCAAGCAGUUUUUUGGUUGGCAAGAGUGUUAGUGUAACAGCAGAUAUAAGGAUAAGCAGAGGAAAAGCUGAUAACUAAUAUAUAUCGAUGAUAACAAAGGAAAAACAAAUAUUUAAAACCCGUUAAGAAAUGAUUGCUCUUAAAACAAAACUAAAAAAAACGACAAGAAAUUAGUAGGAUUUGUUGAAUAAUUAUGCAGAAUCAGAAAAUAAUGUAUAAUCCCCCUUCAAAGUAAAACAACACAAAAAGCGGUAAUCAAAGAAGUGAUAACAUUUUUUAUUGCCACAAUAAUACGAGCGUGACUUAGUUUGAGAAUGUUAACACGACGUUAUAAUAUUCCUAUCGAAAUGCUUUACUUUUCUACUUUCAAGAGAAUCACCAAACAAGGUAAGAAAAACUUCAACAAAGUGCUGCCGUUAGUUACAACACGAUUAACACAGAUCCACAAUGAUUAACAGAACAGUCAUGAAGUGUAACAAAGUUGUUAAAGCACAUUUUUUGUUUGAUUUUCUUUUAAAACGUAUUUUCGUAAGACUGGCUGAUCCUAGUCCUGAAUUCGGGGACGACGAGCAGAAAGUUUUGGACAUUUUAAUGAUUAGCUGCAGAGAUUGUUCCCGAUUUCCCGUGUAUCCCAACUGUAUCUCCGCUGCUGGACGGUGGUGAUGAUGAUGAAGAUGAUUUCGUGCAACAGAGAGAGACUAAGACCUGUGUUAGUGCUUUCGAAAGUGAAUUUAACGAGAUACUCAACGAGCUCUGAUGCCGUCGCGCCCACAGAAGACUGCCGAAGAAGGACUAAACCGGAAUGUGUGUAAAGUUUCAAAGAACCAAAAAAUGAACGAUUUACCGUUAACGUCGACUGAACGAAGAAAAAAGUACCCUUGAAUCGUAAUAAAACAAAACUAAAGCUACAGAAAGACACGUGAACAAAUUGCCAAGUAUUAAGUGUAGUUCAAGCAAGACUUUCCAUUUCUUUUGUAAAGAAGCGAAUUUGUUUUUUGUUGAUAUUUUAAUUUUCUAAUCAUAACUUAGUGUUUGUCCAACUUUUUAAGCAAAAUGAACAAAAAGUAUUCCUCCAACAGUUGAAAAAUUCAUCGUCUUUGCAAAAUAGUCAAACGACAGUUUAGUUCAUUUUUUCUGAACAAACUGCCUCGUGUAGAGAAAGAAAAAAAAGGGGAAACCGGCUUCCCAUUUGAAGCGUAAUGUGCGUGCAACAAAAAUGGACACUAACAGUUCCAUGAAGCGAUCUAAAAGUUAAAUGGACAUGUUUUCUACGAAACGAAAAAUGGACACUUUUUACAAGUGGAAACCUAUUUGUGAUACACAUGUUGAUUACUAGUUUACUGUGAGAGUGUUAGCGUGAGAAAUCCGAAAUCGAAAGUGCGAGUACGUGGUGAAAGAUGGUCAGCAGCAGCAGAAGAAGAAGACAUAUGAAAACUCAGUGCCCCAUCAUCGAUCCGACUCUGCGGUCAUCAGCGGGGAACUUGGAGGCCGUGUGGAUGCCAGCGCAGGUAACGAACACGAUGGUGUUUUAUUGUUUCAAUUUUUUCUUUAGUUUUUUCCCUCGAUAAAGAAAAAGUCAAGAGUAAGCAAAAAUUGUGCUAUUUAAUUCUCAAAUACACUACAAUUUAAAGAUAACUAACAAAAAACGAACUUAAAUUAAAAUUGACAUUUAGCCAAGGAUAACACUGUUCAAAUUCAUCGGUUCAAAGCUGUUUUAAGAAGACAUUUCUAAUGUUUUUUUUUUUCUCGCAAUUAAUAUUAAGAUUAACUGGAACAUUAUGAAACGCGUAGUAUAAAGUGAGACUCUAAGUUCAAAAUAACCUAAAACAAAAAAAAUAUAACCCUACACGAAACAUUUGAAAACCAGCUGUGUCCGAAACAGCUUAAACAAAACAUACAGAAACAAAUUGAGAACAUGGAAGAUUUAGAACUUAAUCUAGCAAAAGGAAAAUCAUUAUUCGUGCUACAAAAAUAGAUACAAAAUGCAUCAACAUUAACUGUCAAUGUUAGAUAUAACGAGUUUAGGGAAUCAAAUAGAAACUGAUAAAUCAAAUAUUGCUGAAGAAUCAUGUUUUUUUAGGUAAGAGAAGAACACCACACAAACACACCUACACAAAUCUUAAUUAUUACAUAGCAUAAAAGGAUUUGUUCCACUAUCGUAGGUGGAUUGAUCAUUUUUUAUAUAAAAUACAUUUAAUUUAUCAUUUAAUCCCUUUUCAUUGAUAAAACGAUUGUCUUAUCGUUUCUAUUAAUGAUGAAAAUGAAAUCAAAUUUUAUAAUUCUAGAACUGAUAACAAGAAAAAAGUCUGUCCCCGAAAAGAAACUAACGGUAAAGAAUUUGCGCCUUUCGCGCAUAGCUCUAAUUAAGCAUAGGUCUAAAAACCGCGGAUGACUAAGCUGGGAUUUGUUGCGAUACGUGGGAAAAGGAUUCGAAUGAAAGUAUAAACGGUUAUCACACAAGCUUUGAUUCUUGAUUAUUAUCGUUUUCAAUCAAUCUAACUACACGUGAUUAUUGAAACAGACAAAACUGAUGAAAUGCAGAAAACAAAAAAAAACGAAACAGCAUAGUACGAGAUGAAUAUUAAUUAUUAAUGAAGUAAUGAAAGUUAUGCUAAUCAAUUGCAAAGAUUUGUAGACAGAAGGAAAACUAAACUAUGAAGAUGACGUUGAUUGCUGAGAGGAUGAUG